AUUCUUACGACAUGCUCUCCUUUGUGCAAACCCUUAUCCUCGCUCUCCUCUGCUCCAUCGUCUUCGUGGAAGCCAUGCCAAGCAUGAGACCGGCGAAAAAGGCGAUGCGCAACUCGUUGGUGCGGUUUGGGAAACGAGCCGAUCCAGUUGGCACCGACGAUGUUUUUCUAGGAGAGUCAUACGGAUCUGCUGACCCGUAUGAAUAUGUUCCGGAGCGCAUGUCAAACCGGGGGCCAUCAUCAGUCCUGCUCUACUGAAAGCCAAUGCUUUAGGGAGGGAAUAUUUUCGUCUAGUGAUCAACUCCAAAAAGCUAACCACACCAACCGUCGUCCUCAAUCGUCUUCUCUCAUUUUCAAGCAUUUGUGUGUGUGUUUUUUUUUUCAAUUUCUUCAUUCAAGAUAUUGUUAAUAAAAGUAUUCAUGUGAA